AUGCAGCACAGUAGUCGCUACCCCCGUCACAAGAAGCUUGCCAGGCCAGCCAGAAGCGACCAGGUGGAAUCCAAACCGGCCCGUCCUAACCCUGAUCGGGCCCAAAUCUGGGCCCGCAGGGCACCGCCGGUCAGCGCUUGCAUCCAGUCGCCAAGGGGCCACGCCGCCGCCUCGCCGGCACCCGACCAGGGCCGGAACGCCGCCGCCGAGCUGCACCGCCGCCGGAGCAGACCCACCCGAGCCGGGCGUCCGCGGCGGGGAAAGGAAGAGGCCGCCGCUGGCGGCCACGCCACGGCGCCACGCGGGCAACGCCCGCCGCGCCAACCAACGACGGUGGUGGGAAUGGGGAGGCACGGGGAAGUGCUGGACGGAAAGGGGAGAGGAGGCCGCCCCGACCGCCUCGCUCGGGGAGGCGGCGUGGGGAGAGAAAGAGAGAGUUGUGUGAGACAGCCAAGAGGAAGAAGAAGCGGCGUUGCGAGGAGGCGAGGCGGCGCCAACAACGUACGGGACUGGAAGACGGUGCCCGCCAGCUGUGAGGGCUACGUCGGCCACUACAUGCUCGGUAAGCACUUCCACCGUGACUCCAAGAUCGUCAUCGACCAGGCCCUCGCCUACGUCGACAGCCUCAAGCUCGCCGGCAACGGCAAGGAGGUGUGGGUCUUCGACAUCGACGAGACCACCCUCUCCAACCUCCCCUACUACGCCAAGCACGGCUUCGGGGCUACACCGUUCAACGCGACGAGCUUCAACGCGAAUGUGCUGGGGAGCGCGCCAGCGCUGCCAGAGACUAAGAGGUUGUACAACAAGCUGCGCUCGGUCGGCAUCAAGCCGGUGUUCCUCACCGGACGGACCGAGGACCAGAGGGCCAUCACCGUCACCAACCUGCGCCGCCAGGGGAUCUCCGGCUGGAUGAACCUGCUGCUGAAGCAGCCCGGCUUCAAUGGCUCCGCGGUGACCUACAAGUCCGGCAAGAGGCAGAAGCUGCAGGAUGCCGGGUACGUCAUCGUCGGCAACAUCGGUGAUCAGUGGAGCGACAUCCUCGGCGCGCCCGAGGGUGCCCGCACCUUCAAGCUCCCCGACCCCAUGUACUACAUCGGCUAGACCGGUUCCUGCCACCAUUGAUUGCUCCUCAGUCUUGGAUCACGAAUAAACUCCAUGCUCUUAAUCAUAUGCAUAUGCUUCGUCAAUAAUCGUCCCCCCCCCCCCCCCCCCCCCUCCUGUUGCUUGGUUAAUUUCCAUUGUUGAGAACUUGAGAUGAAUUAUUAUGUAUUAGACAUUUUCCGGGAAAGCUGCAUGUUGCUUAAUCAAUGCAUCCAUUGUCCACUGCUA